AGUAAGCAACUCAAGGCAGAAGGAGCUGCUGAGAAAAGGACAAAGUUCAGGUUAGGAGUGUAAGGCCGGUCCUAUCUGAGCUUUUUACAACAGUUCCUUCUGUGAACUACCAGCGGCACACGGGAGAGAGGCCCAGCAGCCAUGGCGGUGGAAGGAGGAAUGAAGUGUGUCAAGUUUUUGCUCUACGUUCUCCUGCUGGCCUUCUGCGCCUGUGCAGUGGGACUGAUUGCCAUUGGUGUAGCGGUUCAGGUUGUCUUGAAGCAGGCCAUUACCCAUGAGACUACUGCUGGCUCGCUCUUGCCUGUGGUCAUCAUUGCAGUGGGCGCCUUCCUCUUCCUGGUGGCCUUUGUGGGCUGCUGUGGGGCCUGCAAGGAGAACUACUGUCUCAUGAUUACAUUUGCCAUCUUCCUGUCUCUUAUCAUGCUUGUGGAGGUAGCUGUGGCCAUUGCUGGCUAUGUGUUUAGAGACCAGGUGAAGUCAGAGUUUAAUAAGAGCUUCCAGCAGCAGAUGCAGAAUUACCUUAAAGACAACAAAACAGCCACUAUUUUGGACAAAUUGCAGAAAGAAAAUAAGUGCUGUGGAGCGUCUAACUACACAGACUGGGAGAACAUCCCCGGUAUGGCCAAGGACAGAGUCCCCGAUUCUUGCUGCAUCAACAUCACUGUGGGCUGUGGGAAUGAUUUCAAGGCAUCCACCAUCCAUACCCAGGGCUGCGUGGAGACUAUCGCGAUAUGGCUGAGGAAGAACAUCCUGCUGGUGGCUGCAGCGGCCCUGGGCAUUGCUUUUGUGGAGGUCUUGGGAAUUAUCUUCUCCUGCUGUCUGGUGAAGAGUAUUCGAAGUGGCUAUGAAGUAAUGUAGGGGGAGGGGGGCGUCUGGUCUCUUCUGUCUUUUCAUGGAGUGGUUUCUCCAGGUUUUUCAAUUAAACGGAUUAUUUUUUCAGACCUAAAAA